ACUGGUAUAACGCUCAGUCUGAUUACAGCCGGCAAGCGAUACGUACCGCUCCAGUGACGGGCACUCGCAUUACGACAACGGAAAACUUGUGUAUUUAAAAUUAUUAGAUAACUAAAAUAAUAUUCAUUAAACGUAAAUUUUACGAUUCAUGACAUAAAAAAAAAUGUUGUGAUCGUGGACAAUCAAGAUACAAUUUAAAACUUAUGCAUUUCACGCGGAAUUUUUAUUAAGUUUUUUUUUUAACUCACAUUGAGUUCAGGCAUAUUGAUCGUAGUUAAUUGUUUAAGACAUCGGCUUAAGGAAGCAAUCUUCAGAUACGCUGUAAUCAUCAUCAUAAUAAAGAUGAGCUGGUACAGCGAAAUACAUCAAUUUCUAAUAAGAUGAACAUGAAAAUUUGGAUUUGAUAUGUUCGGAAAUGAUACUCUUCAGGAUGUUAUGGCCUCAACGAUAGCCGCGAAGUAUGAACCAGCCAUGUCUCUGAACGGGACCACAUAUGUGGGCGGGGGGGUCCUUAUCCUCACUCGGACUUUGACGGGUGAAUCAGUUGAGAUGAUCGACGAACCGAAAACAAACAAAACGAUAGACAUAAUAGACGUGAAAUUAGUUCAGGUCGCUUUUUGCAUUCUCUACACAGUAAUCUUUGUUCUGGGCGUGUUCGGAAAUGUCCUUGUUUGCUAUGUGGUUUUCCGCAACAAAGCUAUGCAAACAGUCACGAACCUUUUCAUAACGAACCUGGCUUUAUCAGAUAUAUUGCUGUGUGUCUUCGCCGUACCUUUGACGCCAAUGUAUACGUUUUUGGGACGAUGGGUGUUCGGGAGAUUGCUCUGUCAUCUGAUGCCGUAUGCACAAGGAACAAGUGUGUACAUAUCCACGCUGACGUUGACUUCAAUAGCCAUAGAUAGAUUUUUCGUGAUAAUAUACCCGUUUCACCCUAGAAUGAAACUGAACACUUGUAUUUUUAUUGUCAUUUUCAUAUGGGUGUUCUCUUUGGUUGUAACAUGUCCUUACGGACUAUUCAUGGGAAUACAGACCACCAACAAUGAGACGUAUUAUUGCGAAGAAAGUUGGCCCUCAGACAGAUCUAGAAAAAUAUUUGGCGUAUUUACGACAGUUCUUCAGUUUUUAAUACCCUUUUUAGUAAUAGCUGUAUGCUACACGUGUGUGAGUAUAAGAUUGAAUGAUCGGGCUCGGUCAAAACCAGGUGCUAAAAAUAGCAAAAGGGAAGAAGCGGACAGAGAUAGGAAAAGGUGUACUAACAGAAUGUUAAUUUCAAUGGUCGCGAUAUUUGGAAUCUCGUGGCUUCCUUUGAACUUGAUAAAUAUAUUCAACGAUUUUUAUGCUCAGAUGACUGAGUGGAACUAUUACUUCGUGUCAUUCUUCUUGGCCCACUCUAUGGCCAUGGCUUCGACUUGCUAUAAUCCAUUUCUUUACGCCUGGUUGAAUGAAAACUUCAGAAAGGAAUUCAAGCAGGUGUUGCCCUUUUUCGAGUCGAAUGGAGGCGUAAGGAAUAGUUACCAUCCAGGACGUGUGCCACCCCACAAAACUAACAAGAACGUUUGUAAUGGCAACGAAACUAUACAGGAAACUUUACUGGCGUCCUCGUUCAAUAGGGGACCUUCAAUCAAACAGAGAUUCGAAGGGAACGGGAAGAAAGAUAAUGGAAUCGAAGUUGAAAACAUUUUGUUGGAGGACAAAACAAUCUCAGCUACUUUUCAUACAAAGACCGAAAACGUCAAUUUACAACUGAUCGAUGAGGAGUCACAUUUCAGCGAUCACAGAGACACAAAGUCACCGAUAUAAAGGUACCGCCGAAACGCCACAAAAACUAUUCAUAGCGGCUCUUCAAAAUUUAUGUGCGUUUUGUAAAAUCAUCCUAAUUUAUCGUAUAUGUAUUUACAACUAGCUUAUCGAUUUUAAGUCUUAGAAUAUACGUCAUAAGAACUUAAAUUACUUUGCCACAUUGAAAAUGUACUUUGUAGUAAUGUGAUUUAUUCUAGGAAUGUAUUGAUUGAUUGAAUAAAUGAAAUAAUCUUAGAAUACGUUUCAUAAAUGUCGUUAAUUAAUUUAGGUAAUUAAUUAAAAUUAAGUAAAAACUAAUUAAUAAAAAUGUACUUAGUGCUACUAAAUAAAGUAAUGUUGGAACUAAAUUAAGAUAUAUUUAGAAAUGAAUGGGAUUUACUGACUGUGAUGGAAGGUGAUCGUUUGUAUUGUAUUUGUAUCAUAAUGUAUAAAUGUUGUUUUUUUUUUCGAUUAAAUCAAUUUUAAGAAUAAGUAAUUUUAGCAAGUAUCCAAAAGGCCUAUUUAAUAUUAUUUUUAAGCUAUAACGAAUUGCUUUUCAUUAUUAUAUAACGCGAUUAGUGUCCCUUAAUUAAACUAAUGAGCCCGGUUUCAAAUUACGUGUAAAUAAAUUUAUGUUUUUUGAUUAAUACUAAAUGGUAAAUUUUAAUUAAUAUUAUUAAAUAAUUUAAAUAAAUAAUUAAAUAAUUUAAAAAAUAUUACGUAUUUGAAAUCUUCGUUUAUUAUGAGACACUAAUCAACUACAUAAAUUAGUGUUAUAAUUAUUAUAUCUACGUAACUAAUAAUAUUAUGAUCUCUUACACAGUAGAAUGUAUUAAAUAUAGAAAAAACGUAAUAAUCUUGUUAAACUAAUGUAGAAAUUGUAUCGUGUGAUAAAUAUAUAUAUUAUUAUAUAUUUAACUAUUUAUAUUUCAUUAAGUUGUUAUUCGCUUCGUAGUAUUUAUUGUAUGUAGUAGAUACGUUGUAACGUGAAGAAAUAAAGAAUUGUUGUUUUGUAA